AUGGAAUUCCCUAAACCUCACAUCCAUCCUCCCCAAGCCCCCCACGCCCACACCCACACGGUUAUCCUAUUACAUGGUCGCGGCAGUGAUGGCCCCGAGUUCGCCGAUGAGCUUUUCUCAUCUUCAACCUCGAAAGGCAAAAACCUGCCCUCCUGUCUACCCUCCUAUCGCUGGGUCUUUCCAACCUCACGCGACCGGUGGAGCACUACAUUCGAAGAGGAGAUGUGCACCUGGUUUGACGCCUACUCUUUAGGCAAUAUCCAGGAACGACAGGAAUUACAGAAAGAUGGAAUAAGAGAGUCAGUCUUACACAUUUUCGAUAUUCUCGAGAAGGAAGCUCGACUGCUAGAUGGGCGACUUUCCCACAUCUAUCUUGGAGGUAUGAGCCAGGGCAUGGCAACUGCCUUGUGGGCGUUCUUGUCUGCAACUGCGACGGGCCGAAUCCAAGGACCACUAGGUGGUCUUCUAGGCUUUUGUGGUUGGCUGCCAUUCGCACAGCAGCUAGAGCAGUUGCUAUCCGAGCCAUCCCUUAGUCCUGGCAGCUCUCAGGCACAGAGUCUAAUAACUGGGUUCUUCUUUGAUGAGAUUGCGGGGGAGAUUUCGCGCUCUGAUCAGUUUGUCGACAGUUCUAUUUUAUCUACACCUGUUUUUCUAAGCCAUGGAUCAGACGAUCCAUGGGUAUCUGUGGACCUUGGACGGCAGGCAUGCCAAGUUCUACGCAGGAUUAUGGUACACGUCGACUGGCAGGAGUUCACUGGCGCAGAGGGUGACGGUCACUGGGUUAAGGAACCUGAGGGCUUUGACCAUAUCCUCAAGUUCCUUCAAGGUUGA